AUGAAGCCGGCGUCGAACUGCUCCUUUGUGGCUCUUUCCACCACCUCUGCCACCACCUUCUACACUGACAUAGGCUGCCCUGAGGCUGCCGUAGUGUGUGGAAUGAAUAUCUCUUGGGUCCGGGCUAAUGCUACCGCCCAAGUCCUGGCUGAAAUAUGCCUAAACGAGACGGAGUAUCUGGCUCUUUUCCUGGGACCCCUGACAUCCCCCGUAUUUCUUCCAGUCUGCGUCACCUUUCUCAUCAUCUUUGUGGUGGGAGCCAUGGGCAACACCCUGACCUGCGCCGUCAUUGUGCGCUACAAGGUGAUGCAGACACCCACCAACUACUACCUGCUGAGCCUGGCGGUGUCCGACCUGCUGGUGCUGGUGCUGGGCAUGCCCUUAGAGCUCUAUGAGAUGUGGCAGAACUACCCUUUCCUGCUGGGGGAAGGAGGCUGCUACUUCAAAACCUUCCUGUUUGAGACGGUCUGCUUCGCCUCCAUCCUCAACGUCACGGCGCUGAGUGUGGAGCGCUAUGUGGCCGUGGUGCACCCCCUCAAAGUGAAACAUGUCACCACACGUGCCCACGCCAAGCGUGUCAUCCUCUCGCUGUGGGUGCUGUCCAUGCUGUGUGCCGUGCCCAACACCAGCCUCCAUGGGGUGGUGAUGCUGCCUCCAAAGUUUGGACGGGAGUUCCCCCAGUCUGCUAUAUGUGGUCUGGUCAAGCCCACCUGGAUGUACAACCUAAUCAUCCUGGUCACCACAGUGUUCUUCUUCCUGCUUCCCAUGCUGAUAAUUAGCGUCCUGUACCUGCUCAUUGGCCUGCGGCUACACAGGGAAAGGGUAAUGAGCAUGGUGGAGGCCACGUCGAGCUUUGGACCAGAAAGCCUCUCCAAUUCAAACAAGCAGAAGCAGAGGACGAGGCACCGGCAAGUCACGAAAAUGCUGUGUGUGCUCGUGGCUGUGUUCGGCCUUUGCUGGGCUCCCUUCCAUGUGGACCGCCUGAUGUGGAGCUACAUUGACACCUGGUCUGUGCAGCACCUCAAGAUCUUCGAGCACGUGCACAUCAUCUCUGGAGUCUUCUUCUACCUCAGCUCUGCCAUCAACCCCAUCCUCUACAACCUCAUGUCCACCAGGUUCAGAGAGAUGUUCAGGCACAUUACAUGUUAUUCUGCCACCUGCGGAGUGAUGCCCUCGCGCAGUUUACAGUUGACCCCGCGCAGCACCGUGUGUGAGAAAACACACAAUGAUGGAAGCCCGAUUAAAGACUAA